UUUCUUCUUCCCAUCCUAUGUUCACCGUGACCGAGGACAUUUUCGGUUGGAUUACUGAAUUCUUACUCCGAACUCCAAUGGAGGAUCUGCUGAAGAGAGUUUCGCGGUUUUUCCCCUCCCGGACAAGGACCUCUGCCUGAAGAAAGCAGCGCUUUUACGGGGUAUCGUGAGCGAAAUGGUUAGACCGAAGGUGUUGUAACAGAGAAAUUACUUGAAAUUUUGUUAAUAAUUGAAGAGUUGGGUAAGACCGAAGGGCUUGCAGUCAUGGAAUCAAUGAAAGCUGCAUAAGCACCCAAGGUAUUUUGAUGCAGUUACGAGGAUUUGGGAUUUGGAGAGAAAUAGUGAGAGAAUUGGAGGGAUUGGGGAAGAGUGAGUUGGUUUGACUUGAAUUGAAAGGAUGGAAGGAUGAAGUAGAAGCAACACUAUUAGUGUUGUUAUUUUGGAGGAUGCAAAAUGGUUAGAAAUAGCAAUGGAGGAGUUGGGAUAAUUUUGGAGGGUUUUGUGUUGCCAAGAAUCAAGAUGCAAACUCCUUGCAUCCCCGGAUUCACGUGUUUGUAAUAAUAAGGCUGCCCACCUUGGAACUUGUGAAAGACCAUUUACAAGCAAUUUGGCAAGCCUCUGUAGAGGUGUGUAAACCUGGAAGAAACACUUCAUUGUUCAUCAGAUGCGGCUUAUGACAUUUUUUACGCGAAAAACGAGACACAUAUCUCACCUUGCUUCCAUCGACGCCUCGGAGUUCACAAGAAUUGUAAAAUAAUCGAAUAAUAUACUCCGUGCCGUCCCUUUUCUAGUUUCUAGUUUCUACUUUCCUGUUCUUGUUCGGUCCAUUCGUAUAACAAAGUUAUUGUUGUUAUCGGCUAACAUAGCCAUGGAUGCCCAGAAGGCAGUAGACACCCCCACCACAACCGUUUUGAUGCUUCCAUGGAUCGGCUAUGGCCAUCUCUCUGCUUAUUUGGAGCUGGCCAAAGCUCUCUCAAGGAGGAACUUCCACGUCUACUUCUGUUCAACCCCUGUUAACCUUGACUCCAUUAAACCAAACCUAAUCCCUCCUCCUUCUUCCAUCCAAUUUGUGGACCUCCAUCUCCCUUCCUCUCCUGAACUUCCUCCCCAUCUUCACACAACCAACGGCCUCCCCUCUCACCUUAAACCCAUUCUUCACCAAGCCUUCUCAGCGGCUGCACAACACUUCGAGGUAAUUUUACAAACACUUUCUCCGCAUCUCCUCAUUUAUGACUCUCUCCAGCCUUGGGCUCCUCGAAUUGCUUCCUCCCUCAAUAUUCCGGCCAUUAACUUCAAUACCACCGCAGUUUCCAUCAUUGCCCAUGCCCUUCACUCCGUUCACUACCCGGAUUCUAAAUUCCCAUUCUCUGAUUUUGUUCUCCACGAUUAUUGGAAAGCCAAGUACACCACCGCUGAUGGAGCCACUUCAGAAAAAACCCGCAGAGGUGCAGAAGCCUUUCUGUAUUGCUUGAAUGCUUCUUGCGAUGUAGUUCUUGUGAAUAGCUUCAGAGAGCUGGAGGGGGAAUAUAUGGAUUAUCUGUCCGUUCUCUUGAAGAAGAAAGUUGUGUCGGUUGGUCCUUUGGUGUACGAACCGAGUGAGGGCGAGGAAGAUGAAGAGUAUUGGAGGAUAAAAAAGUGGCUGGAUGAAAAGGAAGCAUUGUCGACCGUUUUGGUGUCAUUUGGAAGCGAAUACUUCCCGCCGAAGGAAGAAAUGGAAGAGAUAGCACAUGGGUUAGAGGAGAGUGAGGCUAACUUCAUAUGGGUGGUCAGGUUUCCGAAAGGAGAAGAGAGUAGUAGGGGGAUUGAAGAGGCAUUGCCAAAGGGGUUUGUGGAGAGAGCGGGAGAGAGGGCGAUGGUGGUGAAAAAAUGGGCGCCUCAGGGGAAGAUAUUGAAACAUGGGAGCAUUGGGGGAUUUGUGAGUCACUGUGGGUGGAAUUCGGUACUGGAGAGCAUAAGGUUUGGGGUACCCGUAAUAGGAGUUCCCAUGCAUCUGGACCAGCCCUAUAACGCCGGACUUCUGGAAGAAGCUGGGAUUGGGGUGGAGGCCAAGCGGGAUGCCGACGGCAAAAUUCAGAGAGACCAAGUGGCCAGCUUGAUCAAACAAGUGGUGGUCGAGAAAAGCAGGGAAGACAUUUGGAAGAAAGUAAGGGAAAUGAGGGAGGUUUUGAGGAGAAGAGACGACGACGACAUGAUGAUUGAUGAGAUGGUGGCUGUAAUUUCCGUCGUGCUUAAAAUAUGAGUUUUCUUUGUUUACUUCAUAAGAUUAUUAUUAUUAUUAUCAUUAUUAUUAUCACUACUACUACGUAGUAAAUAAUGAUUUAUGUUAUGUGAUAGAGUAAAGAAAGAAAGUAUAUUAUUGUCGAAUGUGUGAUAUAUUUAAAGAAGAGUGGAAGACGCAAAAUAGUCAGUAAUUAAUUAGUAUUAAUAAUUAAAAGAAAAGUAAAAGAAUGAAGUGAAUUGAGUUAGAAGAAGCUGGUAACUAAAGCACAGAACAUGGGUGGAUGCGACACUUGAGGAGGCCACGUGUUUUCUUAUGGUUGGAGAGUAUCAUGGAUUUCCUCUUCUUCCUGCUGCCGCUCCCUUGCAGCAUCGCGUCCGCCCGUCUAUCCAUAUCAAUAACAACAAAACAACACACAAAUGCAAACAUAUUACCCACAACACAAGGCUCUUUCUAUUUUAUUACUUAAACACACAAACACGCACACACACAGACACACACACACACACACACACACAUUUACUUUCUUCCUAUACUCCAACUCUUCUUUAUUAACCCAUUCUCGGACUAAAUCAUCUGUCUUCCUAAGUCCUAAUACCUUCUAACUUUUACAUUCCUCUCCCCCGGAAGCCCAAAGUUUGAACAUAUUAUUACA